AUGAAUAUCUUACUUUUGUAAAUUAAUAAAUAUAAAAAUAAAAAAAUUUAAAAAUUAAAUUUACUUAAAUAAAUUAAUUCCUUUAAAGUAAGAACUUCAUUCUUCAAUAAGUACAUAAUGAUCCAGAUAUGUAAACUAUUACAUAUAUUAACCAAUAUGCCUCCUAUAAUUUUAUAGAAGAUGAAAGCUAUAUCCAUUAUUAGAUUAAUCACUAAAGAGGAUUUAGAUAAGGUAAAGACACAACUAACCAUAUUGAGUCAGUAUGGUCAUAAUUAAAAAAUAAUUCAAAUUUUAACAAAGAAAUGA